AUGUCUCGCUUCAUUCCUCAACUUACUGGCGCCCAUGCCCUCGUCACCGGCGGCACUAAGGGCAUUGGAAGGGUCAUCGUCGAGACUCUACUGAGUGAAGGUGUCAGUGUAUCUUAUUGCUCUCGCAAUGUCCGAGGCGAUGAAUUCGCAAACUUCAAAGAUGCCACUGACGGAGCACGAGCUGUUGGAACCAGCGUUGACAUUUCCAAUGCCGCUUCGAUCCAAGGCUGGGUCGAAGCCUCAGCCAAAGAGUUUGGAAGAAUUGACCUCGUUGUUGCUAACGCUUGUCCCAAGUAUGUCAGCCCGAGCAUUGACGACUGGGAAAAGAGCUUCCAUGCCGAUGUUCUUGGCCUCGUGAACCUUAUCAACGCUUCCGAGCCUCAUCUUGAGAAGUGCAACGGUACAGGCUCAAUUAUCGUGAUCAGCUCUCUGGCUGGCUUCGAAGCUAGACAUCCAGCAAUCCGAGGACCAUACACCACGCUCAAGCGCGCCCAGGCCACCUUGGCCAAGGACUUUGGACGAUGGCUCGGACCUAAGGGUAUCAGGAUCAACACGAUCGUUCCUGGCACCAUCGAUUCUCCUCCUGUUGACAAGCCGGAUGGAACCGUGGAGUUGAGCCAGUUUCAGCAGAUCAUGACGGCCAACCCUGAGUUCCUCAAGAGUCUUAUCGACUCUAUUCCUCUUGGGAAGGUCGGACAGGCGCAGGAUAUCGCUAACGCGGUUGUCUUCCUUGGAAGCAGCCUCGGUAAAUAUGUCAACGGAGUGAACUUGAUUGUCGAUGGUGGAAUGUCUACGGCCCUCUAG